CUUUUCCAGAGGAACUCUUCACCACAACGCGUCCAGAAGUCUUCCACCGCAGUGCAGAGAUUUAACAAAGUAGCACCAGCUGGAAAAGCGACGAGGAAUUAGCGGACCGACUUAAUUUUGCUUUUGAGUAUAUACAGUUUAGUUUUUUUUUUACACAGUAUAUAUAUAUUCAUUACAAGGGUCGUCUCUUUUUGGAAGUUAAGAUGAGGAAUCUGUGGUUGUUGUUCCUCGUCGGGCUGGCGUCAGGGCUUAUCAGUGACAAACUCUUUGUCUCCUCCGGGGCAACCUCCUCCACGACAGAUGAUCUGUACAUAGAGGGCCGAACAUCAGGUGACCUCCCUAUAGAUGAUGAAGAUGGUGAUGAUGACGAGUCAGGCUCUGGGUCUGGAGACUAUGUUUUCAAGGACCUUGCAGAUAAAGAAGACAUGCUCCUGAGGUUCCUGAACUUCUCUCAGACCACAGUCUCCAAAGAAACGGUUCCAACUCGACCACAGCCAACAGCAGGUUCUCCUCACAACCCCACAACCGCCACAGCAGACAGCCAGGAUCCAUCAACCACAGUGGAGGACAAAGAGACAACCUCAGUUUUCCUAAAUAAUGGGGACAACAGUAAUAAGGAGAUGCCAGGCCCAACCGCUGAUGCUGAUUGGUUCACACAAAGUCCAAGCUCCACCAGAAUGCCUUCCAGGGAUACUACUUCACGUAAAUUAGGAAUAGACAUCACAGUAACCACAGACACCGAGGACAACAACAGUCUGGAUAGUAGGGAUGUCUCGACACCAAAAAGCCGUGGGGAAGACGUGAUAGAAGAGGUCGAUAAUGAUAUUGUGCUCAAAAGAGGCAGAAUAUAUGAGCAGGAGUCUCCUGAAGAGGUGACCUCUGAGAACAUGUGGGAGAGGACAGAAGUGCUAGCAGCUGUGAUAGCAUGUGGAGUGGUGGGAUUCCUCUGUGCCGUGUUCCUCCUCCUCCUCCUCGCUUACCGCAUGAAGAAGAAGGAUGAAGGUAGCUACGACCUGGGCGACACUAAAGCUUCCACAACAGCCUAUCACAAAGCUCCUACCAAGGAGUUCUACGCCUGAACUGACCAAUAGGGACUUUAAAUGGAGUCUGUCUCCUCACAAUCAGGACGAACAAUGGAUCUACAAGCAACUGAAGAUGAUUCCUUUUGAUGAAAUCAAGCACCUCUGUUCUUCAGUGCUCCCAACAUUUUUCCAUUUUUUCCACUUCUUCUUCUUCUGCUAGCCUUUCACAUCCCCCUAUAUAAUGUUCAGCGUUUGUGAAGAAGAGGUCAUAAGGGAACAAAUACUAUAAAAUAAAAAAUCCUGUCGUUCCAUUCUGGGAAAGGAUUUAGACAUUAGAUAUACAUCCCAAAAUUCAAAAUAGAAUCAUUAGUUGUUGUAGUCUAGCAAAAUAAUCAGCUCCAAAGUAUUGGAAACACUGUGCCUUUACACCCAUAUCCUGAUUAACCACACUGGGCUCGGCUUGGAUCGAUUUAGCAGAACUAAAGCCUGAACUUCCCCGGCUCAGGUUAAUAACAUUGGGGACGUUCAUACAACAUAUGAAUAGCCUUAACGCAUUUUGAAUGCUGUUAAUUGAAACGGUACAUAUGGGAUUAGUAUGAUAAAGGGCCUUUAAAAAUGUAAACCUGAGUCCCUUUAUUUGAGGUCAGAUUACCUUUUUUGUCAGCAUUUUUGAUCGUUACAUUUCAUUUUUCUGUAUGCUUUCUUUGCUGAAUUGAAGAUUUUUUUUUUGUGAUGAGGAAUGAAUAUGUUUUUUUUUUUUCAUAUGCUGUCCAGUAUUGGUAUGAGAGAUUUUGUUACUCUGCAGGUACUUCUUUUUGUUGUUUUUUGUUUUGUUUUGUUUUUUACAGAUUUUUGACACUUAUAGAACUGACCAAAUAUAAAUGUGCUUUAUCUGUCCUUUUGGAAAAUUGUUUUUAGUAGCUUUUUCAAUGUGUCCUUCAAUGUUUAGAAAUUCUAUUUCCGUAAGCCAUUUUUUUAAAAAGAGUUUUCAGUCUCUUCAUUGUAUUUGUACAGUAGUAGCCCUAUGUAUGCCCUUAAUCUUGCAUCCAACAUUAGUAAUAUUUUCAGGACUAUUUUAUGUGAUGACUGAGUGCAGCAGGCACGUGGAACUGUAUUGCUAAGGUAGAGCCAAGGCUAAUGACUAUAAUUCAGAAACCGUAGAAGUGACCAAUGUUUUCUGAAGCAGCCAGAGCACAUUCCUGUCAACUAUUCAGCUACAAUAGCAGGUUUUAACUUAAAGAGACAGUGACAAUACAACUGACAGCGCUAACCAAAAUCAGUACCUACUUAAAUAUUUUUGAAUGAGUUACAGUAUAAGAUAAGCCAGGUUUUUAACAUGUUUCUUAGUGAACAAUCUUUAACUCAAACAGCCAACCAAAGAUGACUUUUAGAGCUUCAGUGAGGAUACAAGAGGCAUUUAACAGCCACGACAACUCGGUUUCAUUUCCUUUUCAUAACACAUAGUUCUCGCCUGUAUACACCCUGUUAAAUGUUUAUUUUCAAAGAACAAUACUUUUCACAUCAGCCUCUUAUUGAAAUGGGGGAAUGUUGUCUUACAGCAGCUCUAUCUGUGGCUUUGUGAAAAGGUCAAAUAAAAACAUUUUGGUCAUCUAAGUGGUUAAACUAUGAGUCAACCUGCCCCCUUAUCCACACAUUCUGAGUCAAAUUGAUUUUUUAAUUGCUGUUCCUCUAACUUGGUUGACUUUAAGUUCAAUUUCCUUCACCAAACACUUAAUUGAGGUAGGCAUUUCCUUUUACAACUGGUUAUUCCUGCUUGUAGAUGUUCCUGUUUCAAAGUCCACUGUCCCGAACUGUUGCAAUAUUUGUAGCCGCAGUUUUUGUGUAUUUUAACCAAUUCCCUUCAUGAAGCAAUAUAACGUCAGUGAAAGUUAGUGAGUAAGGCUACAUUUAUUUUGUUCUCCUUUGGCCAAGGGUACUUAAUAGUUUUAACGUUUUAUAAUUGCCUUUGCCAUUAUAGAAAAGACUAUUUUGAAGCAAUUCUAGAUGAUCUAAAUGCAAACUACCUAUCCACCAUGGCUGGAAUAAACAAGAUGAUCUUAUCACUAAUCCACUGUGACUUACUGUUGAUAGCAUGACAUUUGUCAGGCACUGAAGUCCUCCGUGCCUCACAAUACAUUGUAUACAUUCAUUUACAGUUGCUUUGACCUUCGGGCUGUACAGAGCUUUUUUUCAGAGAAUAUUUUUGGUCAAGACUGGUAUAAAAAUAUAACUAAUAAGGGUUUAUGUCAGAUGUUUCUCUGUAAUUUCUGUUUGUAUGGAAAACAGAAAUGUCAGAGAAACUUCUGGAAACUCUCCUCAUUCAGGGUAAGGACAACGGAUUAGUGCUUAAUACCAAUCCAACAGGAGAUUAAACAAUAAAAACAAUUCUCUUUUAGGAUCUGAGUUUAUACAGUUUGUUGAUGAUACUAUAAUUUAUAUUUUAAUUUAUACUUGUUUAGACUAUAAUUCAGGUUAAUAUGUCAAUGAUAAAUCGGGAUUGUACAGUAUUUACUCAUGAUCAUAGCCUCUUUGUGCCUACAGCUCGGUUUUGUUUUAUAUAUUUAUGUUGUUGUUCUUUUGACAAAACUUGGUUCAAUUCAUUUUCAAUUUCAUUUUCAAUUGUUUGGCUUUUUUUUUUAAAGACGUUAUAUAUGAAUACAUUUGAUAGAUGAUUAAAGUAGAACAAAAAGUUCCUUGUAAAUAAAUUAAAGCUUUAAUUUUCAUUUUAAUCGAAGUUGAAUUUGAAUUGACUGCAGACUUUAUUUUGACAAAUAAACACCUACCAAACAGUGUCACAGAUAACAUUGUCAUAAGAACACAAGGUGUUCAAAUAAAGAACUGUGUUGCUGAAAUGUUUGAGGUUCACUACUGCAUAAAAGAUGUGGCUUCAAUGCAAUUGUAAAA